AUGCCGAUCUCUCGCACAAACGGAAUUUCAGUUUGGCUCUAUCCUAAUUCCGAUCCCCGAUGCUCGAACUUUCCUCCCGUCCUACCUUGCAAUAUGUGCGAUUCCAGCAACCUUGCCCACAUAUCUCCUCCAAAAAGGGGCGUGUAUUUCUCAUUCUGGAGCCACAGCCAGCAAGGAUUGAAUAUGGAAGGCAUCAUUCAUUUUUCUUGUUUCCGAUUGAGCCCGUCUCUGGUACAAUUGCCGGGCCGGAAAUAUAUGCAAUAUCCCGAGAUUUUUCUGUCUUCCUACGGGCCGGUAAUGACUGUGCCAGAAACCAGUGGGUUCUCCCCGGCUGAUGUCUUUGCCGAUACCCGUCGAGCUCAGGGACACUUAGGCAAUGUUGAAGGGAACAGCAUCAGGUACGAAAAGUUUUAG